AUGGUGCUCCGGAUGAUUGGGUUGUUGGCUCUUGAGAAGGAACAGCAGUGGCAUCGGAUUAUUCAGUACUCAAUUAAAUGGAUGUUGAGCAAGGGUCAGGGAAACACAAUGGGAACGUACAGGCAACUAAUACGUGCAUUGGAUGAAGACUGCCGAGCAGAGGAAGCACAUACUGUUUGGCUGAAGAAAGUUGGUACAGAUCUUCAUUCCGUGCCUUGGAAGUUAUGCAGCAUGAUGAUAUCGGUAUACUACAGAAACAACAUGCUAGAUAGGCUUGUUAAGCUUUUCAAGGACAUGGAAGCAUUUGAUCGGAAACUCUAUGACAAGGUUAUAGUCCAGAGAGUAGCAAAUGCACAGGAGAUGCUAGGUAUGCCAGGAGAGAAAGAGCGAGAACUUCGAAAGUAUGCUGGUGUUUUCUCUCAGACCAAGAAGAAGAAACGGUUUGUGAAUAGACCUGAACAAUCUGCUACUGAGGGGAAGCCAUAA